AUGGCUUCCGGACGACAAUUUAGGUUUCUUCUGACAUCUUUCUGUGUGUCCACUCUAAUAGCGCAUACGAAGCAACAGUGCACCGUGAUCAAACCAGUCUCAUUGCCCCUCACCAAUUGCACAGUAAGACAACCGGAUGGCUCCGACAUCGAGUCCUGGGGCGUCCUCGUCGGCUUAGGGUCACCGCGCCAGGAGCUUUGCCUGAUACCCUCUACAGUGGUGAGCAACCCUUUGCUGAUGGGCAGCGAGCUCUGUGUUGGCGACAAUCUUAACGGAAGUACGCCGGAGCAAUGCGCCUCCCGGCGGGGAGGACUCAUCGACACCAGUAGCGAGGAUUUCUCCUUUGUCGGCCUGCCUAUAGAUAAAGCGAACCUUACAUCGGAUCGUGUAUGGGCAAGAAUCAUGAAACCCUUCCAGCCGUACAAAGUCGCUGGAACUGUCGACCUAGAUCUGAAGCACAACCUGCGACUUGAGAACUUGACGGUGGCCGUAAUCACUGAGGGUCAAAAGCAUAACGUGGGCCAUCUUGGACUGGGACCCAACUCUACUGUGCUUGCGGGAUUGAUAUCGCAGGGAGUAAUCCACGACAAGGGGUUUGGUCUCAAUGCCGGAAGCCAGUCCUACGACAAACCUCGACCCGGUAGCUUAGUGCUAGGUGGUUACGACAAGGCAAACGUCAUUGGCGCGUUUCGAGAGUAUCCCAUGAACCGAUCGUCCGACGACAGAAAUUGUCCAUUGCAGCUGAAUAUCGUAAGACUAGCCCUGCGAAGGCCUGGACAAGAGGACGUGGAUUUGAGUCCCAGAGGCGUCAUAAUUCCUUCCUGCAUCGAACCCUAUGAUAAUCUGUUUCGGAUGCUGCCGUAUGUGUUGGACGAUUUUCGACAAAACACGGGCUGGAGCAAUGACACGGUGGUUCCAAACGAUCUUUACGUGGUUGAGCCCGGGCUUCUAUACCCAUCAAACGUUGGAUUCGACGGAAGCCUGGUCUUCUCAAUAGAGGACGGAUGGGACGUCGAGGUGCCCAACGAAGAACUCCAGCAUCCAUUAAGAGGCCUGGACGCGGAAGGCCAGAUGCAGCUGCGAAAUAACACGACAGAGGUCAAUGUUUUCGCGGAGCGAGCGCUCCUGGACAAAGCUGUACUGGGCAAAGCUUUUUUGUCGCAGGUGUACCUCGCAGUAGACUACAAAAGGGGUGUAUUCAUGCUCGCACCGCUCCUUCCGGACGCGCAGGGCUCAGAUCUCGUCCCGUUUUCGUCAGAUUCAGCUUCUUGCCCUUCCGGUAAGGCCGGUAUCAACAAGGGUCUGCUAAUUGGACUGAUAGUCGCGCCCAAGUGGUUCGCCAAGCAACAGGUGGCGGACCUGAAAUGA